CUGCCGCCGUUGUCCUGCAUGUGAACUAUUUUGGGAAAACAUUUAAAACCAGACUUAUAUCUUUGGAUCUAUGCCAUGAAAUUAUAUCGAUAUUGAUUGAAAGACUUACCAAUUCAUAUCCGAGGUUUCCAUGUUAUUAUCUGAGUUGCUGGACUUUUGUCUGAACGUAAAAGAAGCCUCUCCGUUAGACAUGCCAGUCGGUGUUGUUAGCUCAGUUCGACUCAGUACGGAAUUAGUUUCACAUUGUAUUUAAUCGCUGCCGUAACAACGUUAAAUAGCUGUUAGAUGGUGCUAUUGCCCAACAUGUCGUUAUUGACGUCUUCUUUAAAACGUUAAAUUGUAACGCUUCUAAGUAGCCUUACUAUCGUAGAGUAAGGAAACGUGAAAACGAGGAAGCUGAGCUCCAUAUUUACAAACAAUUUGCGACAUGGAUACAACGUUACUUAAUAAUAUAGAGAAAGCCAAGGACUUCUGGAGAAAUGUGAACGUGGACAACGUUUUUGAUAUGCUAUUGCAAUGCCUGAUGAACUUAAGAGAUGCUAUCAAGACGAAGACUGCUUCAGACAAUGAGUAUGCCCAGAGCAUGCUCAUUCUCCAGAGCUGUGGGAUAAGUGACACACUGAACAUGAAACAUUUUGCCAUUCAAGAAGUUGUCAUCGGGGAAGAUUUUUUAACAAACACUGAAUUUGGUUGUUUGCAACUUCCGUCAAAAGAAAAUCAACUUCUGGAAAGGCUGGAAAGUGAUGAGCAGAAUGGAAGUUCUGACGACACCCAUGACUCUCAAGUCCCGGUCAUCCUGAACCACAAGGACCCUCUGACGCCGCCGUCACCCCACCAAAACCUCUUCGACCUCAUGCUGCUCUCCACCAUGCCCUCGCCUCAGCUGCCGGACAACAACCUGGACAGUUUAUACCCCAAAGACCCGCCAGGCGACCACCACUGCGGCCCGCUCUGCGUAACCGCCAUUCCCCGCCACCCGGACCACUUCCUGGGCCAGAACCCCCUCAGGGCGCCCCUGUUGUGCAAGUUCCGGCGCCAGUGUUUCGGCCGGACCCGCUACUCCUCCUCCAACCCGGACAAUACUGCCGCCACCACCACCUCCUCCUCUUCCUCCUCCUCACCACCCAGCCCUGACGGCGAUGAUGGGGAGGCGGCGGAGAAGGAGGGGGAGGCUGGUGUGGUCUACAAAGCUCCUUGCGGGCGACUGCUGGGCAGCUUCGCGGAAGUCUGGCGCUACCUGCACAAGACGGAGGCGUUUGGCGUGCUGCAGCCGUGGAACUUCAGCUUCUGCCCGGCGGUGCAGCCGGAGCGACUGCCUCUCGCCGCCACGGUCAGCAAGCGCGACCUGAGCCGGGGGGUGGAGUCCGUCCCCGUGCAGCUCUGCAACGAGGUGGACGCCUCGCAGCCGACGGAGUUCCGCUACCGCCGGGAGCGCUGGCCGCACGGCUGCUUCCUGUGCGCGGGCGCAGGGGCAGGGGCGGGGGAGCUGUUCUCUGCCUGCUGCGACUGCACAGACGGCUGCGCAGACAGCUCCAGCUGCGCCUGCCUGCAGCUGUCUCAGAAGGCCGCUGGAGGGGAAGCGGUGGAGUAUUAUACGCAUCAGAGGCUCAGGCAACCUGUGCAGACGGGGCUGUAUGAGUGCAGUCCGUGGUGUGGCUGCGACCCGGUUCGCUGCCAGAACCGGCUGGUCCAGCACGGCGUGCGCGUUCGUCUGCAGGUGUUCCGCAAGAAGGAGGGGGGCUGGGGGGUGCGCUGUCGUGACGACCUGGACUCAGGAACCUUCGUUUGCACAUACGCAGGUGUGGUGCUGAGGACGGAGCAGAGCACGGAGGAGUCGCCUCCGCGUAAAGCCCCCCGAGAGGAGCCCAUGUCAGAUGACGAGGUGGAGGUGGUGGAGGAGUGGACCCAUCCAGUCUUGCCGCCGGCCGGGUCAUUAUCCGCAGACACAGACACCUGUGCCCCCUCCCACAUCCCCGUCAUUCAAGGGCCCGCAGACCACACGGGAGCCAGCACAGACGCAGAGCAGGACACACUCAUUAGAAUUGUGAAAAUAGGUCCAGAGGUGGAGGAGCAUAUGAUGGAGACUGAUGAGAAACCAGAGGAGGAGAAUAAGGCACCCCAACUCAGGCCGACAACAAUACCAACCACCACCACCACCUCCACCACCACAACAAAAACAACAAACCAUCUGGAGGGCGUCCAGAAAAGCAGCAGCCACACUAAGCAGAGUUAUUACCUUGAUGCCACAAAAGAAGGCAACGUUGGCCGAUUUAUCAAUCAAAGUUCAAGGCCCAACUUGUUUGUGCAGAACGUCUUUGUGGACACCCAUGACCCUCUGUUCCCCAUGGUGGCUUUCUUCACAAGCAGGACUGUAAAGUCAGGAACGGAACUCACCUGGAGUAACUCUGAGGAUCACAUCAAUGGCAACUGAACCGUAACACUGCCAUUGUUCUCUGUGUGAGGUUACUGCGGACACAUUUUGGCCAUCAUAAGGGAGAAAUACUUACCAAAUGUUGGAAGAAGGACUGACACUGUCUUUCUUGAUGAAGGCUUGGGCCCCAAAUGAUGAAAGACAGCCCUACUCACUGUAAAUGUUGAAAGAUGGACCUACGGGACUUAAACUUUUGUUGGGAAAAGGACAUGGACACUACAAAUGAAGGAAGACUUCAGUCAUUAGAAAUGUUGGAAGAAGGACUUGUCACUGAAAAUAUCAACGGUUGGCACUAACAUUAUAAUGAUUUUGAGAAUAUGAACCACAGUUAUGGCUGAAGUUAGGAUCGAAGCUACAGGGAACGAAAAGCCAUCGUUCACAGAACUGAACCAAAGUUGGGUUCCCAGACAAAACGAACUUUUCACUUGAAAUUAUGUCUAAAAAAAUAUUUUACUAGUUUGAUGUUGAUAUUUUUUAAGGUGUUUUCUAAAUCUUUAAGUGUGAAGCAUUAUGUGUCUGUGCAGUUUAUAACCCAUUGGUUGUGACUGGUGGUGUGUGACAUAUUUCCCAAUUUUUUACGCAACUAUGAAUUGACUAACAUGGGAGAUAACAUAUUUGUGACACGCUGUAGUUAGGAUUUUAAUUAAAAAAGAAAAUUCUAAAUAUUGGAAACA